AUGUCUAUGUUGGGUACUUCAUUAGUGGUGGUUUAUCCUCUGGUAGCACAAACCAAACUUGUUCCUCCUAAUGCACAAAUAUCCUCAUCUUUUUCAUGGGAGAGUCUUAUUAUCCCCUCUUCAGGACGUCAUUCUGUGCCAACUGAGGCGGAAGGUGAUCGUGACCCAACAAAGGACUCUAAUUCCAUUACCAAGCUAGUUCGAAGGCAAACUGCUGUGAAGAAGAGGAAAGCCACAACUGAGCCAUCUGCUGAUAAGGCUAGAGGAGAUCUGGAAGCCUUGGACGAGGGAUCAUGUCUGGCUAAGGUUACAAUCCUUCCACCUGAUCUAUGGAUUUUUGAGGAUUUGGAUGAUAAUUCUAUGGCUCAUAGUUCUAUUCAUCUAAUGGUGGUGGGCUUGCAACGAGUGCUUGAUUUGGGAGCCCGAGCUAUUAAUAGGGGCAAGGAGGUAAAGAAGACCCUUCUGUCAAAGUCUUUGGCAGUGGAGAAGUGUGGGAAUAAGGAGCUCGAUCAAAAGCUAAAGGUAGCUGAACAAUCUAAGAAGGCAGCUUGUGAUGUGGCUACUCUGGUGAAGGAGCUCAAUUCUUCCAUCCAAGCUUUAUUCAAAGAAGUUGAGGACAAGGCUUAUGAUGAGGGCUUUGAGAAAGAUGAGAAGGUGAUGAAGGAGCAGGUUCCCGUGAUUGAAGGGUUCUUUUUUAAGAAAGUAUGGGAUGCUGCCUUGGUGGAGACUAAGGUCCCUACUGAUUCUAAGUUCUUCUCUAAGCAUGUUGUGACCAUCCUUUCCUCUUUCGGUGCGUCCCUUCCUCCUGCCGAUCCUCUUGUCGAGCCUUCUAUGAUGAAUGUCGCUAUUGUCGAUUCUCCUAUCACUGGUCUCAUUGAUUCAUCUGUUGUUAACCUUGUUGAUAUCCUUCUACUAUUUUUGACCUUGCUACAAGUUCUUACAAAAAAACUUAGUUACUUAUUUUCUCAGUUGUAA